AUGCCAUCGCUCGACAUCUUUGUCGAAAAACACUCGCACGAUAUUACACACGAGUCGAGGCAUAAUAUUGCUUCUGAACCAAACGGUAGUGAUAAAUCGGAGCAGAACGCUAACAAUAGAACAGAAUCUUGCAUAUCUCACUCUUCGUCAACAUCGUCGGCAUCUUCUUCAGCUACUUCAUCAACAAUCAUCUACUUUACCGGACAUCGUUCAACUCAUUCACAGAAACUUGCACGACUAUAUAGCACUACCACAAAAUCCUGUUCAGGAUCCGGCCAUUUAUUAACCGACACAAGAUUUUGGGAUUUCACAAUCGAGGGAGUGAACACGUGUAUUCGGUAUGGGAAUUUCGAUAAAAAUGGAGAACAGAAAGAACGUGCUGUACAGAUUCAGAGUCACAUAUCGGCGGAGGAGGCAAGCAAGUUUAUCAGUAGAAUUGUGCAAGAAAAGGUCGAGGAUGGAUUUGUUGGAUGGGUUUGUUGGGGAUGA